UAUGAACAAUAAUUUGGAAUGUGUUGAUUGUCAGCUAUUAAAGAAUAUUCAUGAACAAUUAAAAAAACCUCCCGAAGAAUCGGCGAAUGAGAUAUCAGUUUUAGAAUUAGUUAAAGGCGACUAUUUAUAUUAUCAUUACGGCUGCGAUGGAUUUGAUGAUCGCGGCUGGGGUUGUGGUUAUCGAACUUUACAAACGUUGUGCUCAUGGUUGAAAUUUCAAAGGGACUGCCCAGAAUUAGUUCCACCUUUAGAUGGGAUACAAGAAUCAUUAGUUGAUAUGAAUGAUAAAGCACCUUCGUUUAUUGGGUCCAAAACAUGGAUUGGAAGUAUAGAAGUGGCUAUGUGCGUAGAUUAUUUUUAUGAUACAUCCUGCAAAAUUGUUCAUAUUAAACAAGGUAGUGAUCUAAAGAAUUUUCUUCCAACUAUCAUAAAUCACUUUGAAAAGUAUGGGUGUCCAAUAAUGAUGGGUGGUGACAGCGAUAAUGCUUCUAAAGGGAUAUUAGGCGUUUGCCAAAGUAAAGAAAACGCCUAUUUAUUGGUUUUAGAUCCUCACUAUUACGGACCAAAUCAAUCUCCUAGGGAAUUAACAGAAAGCGGCUUCUUGUGCUGGCGCUCCUUGGAAUCGUUUAUGCCAAACUCUUUUUACAAUCUAUGUUUAGUUCAACUUAAAGCAUCUGAAAUUAAAUAA